ACGCUGUACCCCCAUUUUGUUACUCAGACUCAUUUCAAGAUCUGUUGCACAUCUGUGCCCUCUCCUUAGGAGAAGAGUUAACUGUGGGAAGUCAGUCACUGUACCUUCCAUACCUUUCUGCAUAGAUCCGAUGUCAGCAAGGACCUUGGCAAACAUCCUCUGAAGAAUUUUGCUGAAGUGGCUGAAGACACUUCCAUGCCUGUCUGCCCUUCUUCUGUUACUUGCCUUAUUCCAAUGAACAGUUAGCAUAGAUCACCUUCAGGGGUGAUUUUGUUGAAAAUUUGUCCUAUGCCUUGGAGCAGUUAAGACACAGGCACAUGUUGCUCCUUUGUUUUCUAUAGGAUUAAUAACCCAAGAGGGUAGGAAGGACAGCUAUGAGACCAAUAACCUUUGAAAAUACCCCUGUGAGAUUUGCCAGAGUCUGUCUGCUGAAAGGCUCCCCAGCUACAAUGGCAAAGGCACAGUUAAAAGGCCACACUCUCCUCUAGUGUAAACCAGUAUCUAGUGUCAUGGAAGCUCAUGGCCUGAUAAAUAUUCAGCCACCAGAAGGCAAGGUUCCCUACACUCUAUACUGAACAGAUGCAUGUCAGGCCAGUCCAAAGCUUCCUCUCUACAGAGCUGCAGGUCCAUCCCAUUCCCACCUGCCCCAAGUCAUCCCCCAAGGAGCUGCCACAACCUUCCCAAAAGUGAUUUGCAGUCAUUCAGGUAGUGAGCUGAACAUAACAUUAAAGAAUUCUGCUCUUGUUUAAUUAAGACAAUGCAAUCAAUUGGUCCAUAAAUACUUAGGGAUCUUCUUAAUAAUUCUAUUUUUAUCACCUUGAGUGCCAGAUGUGGUAGUGUAAGGUAAUCAUCACUGAUAUUUGAAUUCAGGGAAGUUUUAGCCUAUUGUGUUUUCGCUCAUUAGCAUUUGCUCCCUGGUAACUCACUGCCUCUGCCAUUAUUGUGCUGGCUCCUAUUUUCUGCUAGCAUUCAAAGCAUUUUCUUUAAAUUACUUUAAAAAUAAUGAUGGUCAUGCUUCCAAAAAUACUCUUAAUAACCAGCUUCUAGGCACAAUUUUAGGAUACAGGAAACUAAAAGGAAAAGGAGAAACAAACUUGAAUUGCUUUUAAGUAAAAAAAAUUGACCAAGAAGGUUUUCCAGAACUACUUUCUUGUCAGAAAAGGCAUCUGGUCUAUUUGUUUGCCUUCAUUUCCUAAUUCAGAAAUGGCCUUUGGAUUCCCCAAAAUAUUUAGAAUAAAAUAGUUUGUCUAUAAAAUUAAACAACUUCUGCUAUCGAAGCCUGUCAUUUGUUGCCCCCAUUUAGCUGUGGAAUAGUAUUAGCAAUAUUUUAGCUGUUCUUACAAAGCCUUAUUGUGCUUCAUAUUGUCUAGCAUUAUAGCAGAAGACUGUUCACACUCUUAAGGUGUCGUGAUCCAGAUGGCUGGUAUUUCCUCCCUCCUACCUCACUUCUGUGAACUGUAGUGUUGUAACAGCCACAGUCAACGGGCAAGUUACUCUCAGAGAUGCAUCAUGUUUCCACAAGGUCCUAUUCCAUUAACAGAAGAGCUGAAACUCAAUGGCAAAAUCGACAAAAUGCUACGGAAGCAGCUGGACUCCUCCAGUUGUGAUACACAGUGAUUCAGCACAGGAGCCCAGGAGCUGCUUUUGGCUGUUGGAUGAAGCAUACCACUCUGUGCAGAAGCCUAUACCAUGAGCUUGUGCAAACAUCACUUGGGUUUUUUUCACAUGAUGGAGAUUCCUGAACAUGCAGGGAAUUGCUAUUUGAAAGUCCAUGUGUCUUGCUAUCUCCCUGCACCCAGGCUUGCUUUUCACAGAAUCGAAGAAUAGAAGGGAAGAAGAUACCAUGGGGCAGCUUGUGCCAUGAAGCCAAGAUGGAUCCUGGGCUGCAUGCAAAGAAGCAUGGCCAGCAGGUUUUCUACUCCACUCUCAUGAGACCUCACCUGGAGUACUGCAUCCAGCUCUGGUGUCUCAACAUAGGAAUGAUGUGGACCUGUUGGAGCAAGUCCAGAGGAGGUCUACUGAGAUGAACAGAGGGCUGGAGCACCUCUUCUAUGAAGACAGGCUGAGAGAGCUGGGUUUGUUCAGCCUGCAGAAGAGAAGGAUCCAGGGAGACUUCACGAGAUGGGGAGGGACUUUUUAAAACAGCAUGUAGUGAUAGGACAAGGGGGAAUGGCCUUGAGCUGAAAGAGGGUAGGUUUAGCUUAGACAUUAGGAAGAAAUUCCUUACUCAGAGGGUAGUGAGGCACUGGAACUGGUUGCCCAGAGAAGCUAUGCAUGCCCCAUCCCUGGAAAUGUUAAAGGCCAGGUUGGAUGGGGCUUUGAGCAACUUGGUCUAGUGGAAGGUGUCCCUGCUUAUGGCAGGGGGGCUGGAACUGGAUGAUCCUAAAGGUCCCUUUCAACUCAAACCAUUCUAUGAUUCUGUGAUGGACAGGCUGAUUUCUAGAGCACACAGAGAAUCAGGGCCCUCAUAGUACUGGGGGCUGCUGUGAUUUGUGCUGGCGGUCACACUCAGGACUGAGGUGGACAAGAGUACAGACAUCACAGAGGAGCAGCUGGAGGCAAAAGCAAGCUCUCACAGAAAUGGCCUGAUCUUUUGUGUCUGAUAGUGAUUAUGGAGAGGCUCGGCCAUGGCACAGUGGCUGGCACUGUUUUGGAAAGGGUAAAGGUGUGGCAUUAUCACCUAGUUUGCUCCUACCAAAAUGUAUCCCUGGAUUACAUGCCUUUCUUACAUCUCUGGCAAAUCCUUUCAACCUUUGCCCGGUGGACAGGCUGCAGGACAGCAGGGCACGAUACAGAACUGGAACCAAACUUGUAUAAAAUACCAUGGUUAGGAUUCACAGGUAAAUAAUUAGUAGAUGCCAGCAAGGCACACAGAAAAUCUUUCACAAUGGGGCAAUCUCACUUCUGAAAGUAUAACAUCACUCUUCUUUUCAUUGCAUACUGCCUGAAGAGCAUUGUGGUGUUUGAAAUAGCCAACAACUGCUGCCCAGGGAUGAUCAGGUAUCUUCAUGAGAUUUUCAGCUAUUUUACGUAAAAACACUUCUGUUUUAAGGUUUUCAUGCUCACUUAAGAGUUUUACAUUCAAGAACUAUUUUCAUUUUCAUUGGAAGUUAGUAAUUUUCUUGAUACAGUGUCCUUAUUCAAUAGACAGUUUUGGAGCUGUGUCUGCAUCCACUGAAAUCAAUGAAAUGCCACUGGGAUCAAGAUCAGGCCAAACCAUAGAAAACGAAGAACUAAGACUUGUCUCCUAUUGUGACAUUGGAAAUAUGUAGGUUCCCUAAAACCAGUGCUUCAGUGGGGAAGAAAGGUCAACGGGAAGAAAUUAGAGGAAAUAUAGUGUUCUACAUGCUUUUCACACAGGACACAGAUUUGCUCUAUUUAGUGUGAUAAAUCAGUCUAAAUGUAAAGUGUACUGUAUUUUUUCAGUCGUAUCACAGAUAUUUGACAGCCCAAGGCAAAAACCAAUACAAAUACCCACUAUAUAAAGACUGUUGCAUAGUAAUUAUAUCCUAGCACCCAAACCAGGGUUUAUCCCAUAAUUUUCUUGGGAAAUAGACAGCUCCCUUUAUCCCAUCAGAUACAGCUGUUUUUACAAAAGCAGCACAUAGGAAAACACGGGAUAGAGACUGCUACAGCUGAUCAAGAUGAGAGUUGAGUCCUGGCUCGUGUUUCCAGUAUGGACAGUGUGGUGCAAGGUUAGUGACAGAAGCUGCAGCAGGUCACAUGUUCUUCAAUAAGCAUUGUGUAAGAAUGAGUAUUUUGCCUUAGAAAAAAAUUAGAAGUUUUUUUUUUUUAAAUUACCUUUCCAAUUCUGUGUGACUGAACAAACAGAUAAUCAAACACUAACUUCAGUGGAAAUUUGUCAAUGGAACUAGAGCUGCUCACUGGUAGAAUAAAAAUUAAUGCUUUAAAUGUGGCUUAAAGCUGCUAUCUUUUUGGGCAGGGUGAGGAUGCAGCCAUUCACAGGGUGAGGACACUGCUACAGAGUUCGUAAUGAGCUACAUCAAGCAGAACAACUUAUUUCAGGGAUUGCCUUUUUACGUACGUUUGUAAAAGUUCAAAAUGGCAGGCUUACAUAGCUCAUCUCCACACAUUAUUGCAAUAUAAAGCACCCUUGUCCUCAUCAUACUAACGCAGCUAUUUCCUCUUCUAGGUGAGGGAAUGUACAUAUACAAGCAGAAAGAGUGAUAUAUAUGUAUACAAGCAAAAAGAUCUCACUGAUUGUGAGAUUUGUUUCCAACUGUAAAUAUCUGUGUAACUGCACAUGCAGAUUAGGUAUUGCCCUUGAAGACUUGGAGAGCAGCCAAAGGGCUGCUUACGUGAUGUAAACAGAGUUAUGCAUAAGCAGCAUCUGUUUUUACAGGGUCUGUGCUACUCCAGCUUCCAAGUUGUUCAGACCAAGAUUUUCUUUUGCAGUUUCUUAUCUAAGUUAUCUUGCAGUUUCCCGAUUGCCCUCUUAAUAACCCUUACCUCUGCAGCUCUAAAGUGAUCUUUCCUCUAAGAUCUUAUAGGAAUUUUAGCCACGCACACCCAAGACUAUGCCAGUAACAGAUGUUGCAUCUCUACAUUUCCAAGGUGCCAUUGAAGCCCUCACUGUUUAGUCACUCUCUGAACUGUGUUUGAUGUGAGCUGCAAGAUUUCCUCCUCCCAAAGGGUAGGUGUUUGUAUGUGUGUGAAUGUGUGUGAAUGCAUUUCUGUUUCUGUGUGUCUAAAAUAUCUGCUCUGCCACCUGCACAUAUAGGUAUUUCUGAAGCCAGUCACCUGCAUCACCAAGUUUGAGCCUGAAGUGGUCCACCCAGAAGUCUUCAUUUUAAUCAAGCUUUAAGAAAACAAGAAAAGCAAAACUUUGGCAUUUGUAUUAGAUAUGUGUGCAAAGAGAAACAAAGGGUCCUCUUCUCCUCAUAGGUUGUCUUCCGAAUUUUGUGUCUGAAGGUACCCUCUUGCUUUCUCAGCAAAUCAUGGACAUCGUUGGCUUUCUGAAGUCUCAAUUCAUUUGCCACCUUCUGAUCUGCUACAUAUUUAUAGUGUCAGGACUGAUCAUUAACUUCAUUCAACUCUUUACACUUAUACUUUGGCCAAUCAACAAGCAACUGUUCAGGAGGAUCAACUGCAGGCUGGCUUACUGCAUUUCAAGCCAGAUGGUGAUGUUGCUGGAAUGGUGGUCAGGCACCGAUUGCACCCUCUACACUGAUCCAGAGAGUUACCACAAGUAUGGGAAGGAGAAUGCCAUUGUAAUCCUUAAUCACAACUUUGAAAUUGACUUUCUCUGUGGAUGGAACUUUUGUGAGAGAUUUGGGGUCUUGGGGAGUUCCAAAGUGCUUGCGAAGAAGGAGCUCUCCUACAUGCCUAUCAUUGGGUGGAUGUGGUAUUUCCUAGAGAUAGUCUUCUGCAAGCGCAAGUGGGAGGAAGAUCGGAAAACAGUCAUACAGAAGUUGCUGAGUCUCCGGGACUACCCUGAAAACUUUUGGUUCCUGAUUCAUUGCGAGGGCACAAGGUUCACAGAACAGAAGCACCAGAUUAGCAUGCAGGUAGCCGAAGCCAAAGGUCUGCCCAAGCUCAAGUAUCACCUACUGCCACGAACGAAAGGAUUUGCUGUCACCGUGCAGUGUUUGAGAAAUGUAGUUUCUGCAGUCUACGAUUCUACCCUCAAUUUUAGAAAUAAUGAAAAUCCAACAUUGCUGGGAGUUCUAAAUGGAAAAAAAUAUCAUGCAGAUUUGUAUGUAAGGCGGAUUCCACUAGAGGAAGUCCCAGAAGAUGAGCAGGAAUGUUCCACCUGGCUCCACAAACUAUAUCAAGAAAAGGAUGCAUUCCAGGAAGAAUAUUACCGAACAGGAACCUACCCAGCAGUCCCUAUAGUACCACCCCAUCGACCAUGGACACUUUUGAACUGGCUUUUCUGGGCCUUAUUGCUGCUAUAUCCCUUGUUCAAGCUGCUCAUCAACAUGAUCAACAGUGGAUCAUCACUGACACUGGCUAGUUUUGCAUUUGUCAUUAUAAUAGCUUCUGUUGGUGUCAGAUGGAUGAUCGGGGUUACAGAAAUUAACAAGGGCUCCACCUAUGGCAACAAUGAAAACAAGCAGAAAUGAAAGUAGCAUCUUCAGAGACUGCUUCAACCCAAAGGGAACAAAUGCAACUGCUGAAAACUCUUAAGUGCAUAUUCAAGUGAGAUCAGAGGAGAGGUAGGAUGAGCAAUUGCCAUGCAUAUCCGAAUUUGUGCUCCUGUUGUUUUUCUCUGGGAGUUUGGGCUGAUGACACGCUUGAAAGAUGCACUCCUUUGUAUCCUCUCCACAACAGGUUUGCAUUUGUGUGGUUGGUUUGUUUUCCUAUGAAGUGUCUUAAGUUUUGAAGAAAAAAAUAUAAAUUCCAGUGUGCUUAUAUGAAGAGACUGGAAACUAACCAGAGGUGCAGGCUUUAAUGUCAGGAGAUUGUUACAAGAUGAUUAAAAUUGAUAGUUGUGUAGAUCACACAGUUUAACCACCAUAAUCUGUCAGUGUUUAAAUACAGUACAGUAAGACGCUGUGCUUGGUUAUACCAGUAUUGGACUGAAGCAGCUCUACUGAACUGGUAGAACUGCAGUAGAGUUUUUGUACAUCUAGAACUUACCGCCACAGCGUGACUAUGGGGGCCUUUAAAACUUCAGCCAGGUCCUGGACAUCCAGACAUCAGAGCCUUCAGUAGCAUAACCUGGAGCAAAACUGGGCCUUCUGGCCCGAGCAGAGCUAAGGUAGCCACUGCCAUCUCUUUCCUGAGGCCAUAAAUCUGAGGGAUAGCUGAAACCUGUAAUUCUUCUGAGAGUAAAUUCAAUUUAUGGUUUGGAAAAACUGACAUAAUAAAAUUUCUUUUGGCUUUAAACACUACUUAAAAUUCUAAGCCUUCCUAGCAGUGGUGGGAAGAAAAUAACUGGGCAUGGUGUAGUGAAAUAAUGCAAAGUGUGCAUUAAAAUGUAUGCCCCACACCCAUACUGUAGUGAUCCUAAUUAAUCUGCGUGUCUGUCUUUUCUGAUAAAUUAGUUUACUUGGUGCCUCAUAACAGUCAGCCUGUGGUAAUAGUUAAAUUAUCUUUUCUUUUGGGGAGAAGAGGGGAACUGGGACAAAGACCUAGGGCAGCAAUAUCAUUCAGGUUUUUUUAUAUCCGUCUGGACUUGAUUUGACCCCCUUCUGAAUUAAAUAAAACUGGAAUCCUCAGGAAAAUACUGUUGCUCUGACUUUCCUGAUCCUGAUUUCAGGGCAGAGGCCUCCUGUUUUUAAACUUCCAGAGUUAAGGAUCUGCAGAUUACUAAAAAGAACUUCAUAGAAUCACAGAAAACAAGAAAAGAACCCACAAAAACUCCCAAGGAAAAGAGGGGAUUUCUAAAUACCAGCAAUUAUGAUUGGAAAAAACCCACAAUCUUAAAAUCUACAGCUCCUGAUACUUUGGAGUGGAGAUUAUGAUUGGCACUUUCAAAGACAGUCCAUUUCCACUGUGCAUAGAACUAGUGAAAAAAGUGAGCAGUCUUAGUUCUGCCAGCUGGUACGAAAACAUUUCUCUUUUCCUAUAAUAAAACUGAGGCCAGAAGAAAAAGAAACAGGGGCUAAUACAACAGAAUAUGAAUCAUUCUAUGAAACAUGUAUGAGCUGUUCAGUACAUCAGAGAAUAUAGAGAAACUCACCUUUUUAAUGUGCAGCACCUAAAGAGCAGGUGGAGUAGUGCUUUUAGCAUGGGGCAGUUAAGUGAAAUUUACUGGAGGAGGCAGGAGAAUUUACAACAUGAAGGAAGGAACAGGUUAUGGGACUAGUUUUUGGGGCUUUUUUCCUCACACCCCUUGUGUACACACACAUUCCCUAUGCUCUGAAGCUUUCUGGAAUAGGUUGUAUGCUGCCACGCUUACAGUGCAGCACCUGCCCUGCACUCUUUGCUGUAACAAUCUUAACAAUGAAAACCAGCAUAUUAUAAGCUGUAGUCUGAACCUAUCUUGUAGUAAUGAGGAGGCACACUAGUGAGCCAAACCUGAAGAUACUGUUCACAAGAGUUUGAAAAUGGGUGGAAGGGGGAGAAUUUUACUGUACAUAUUACUUGGCAGAUACAGUGGGCCUUUCUCAGGGUGGUAGGUGAGUAGUUCUGAGCAGCAAAUACAUAUUCAUGUAAUGACAGAGACCAGCUCUUUUGCCUUUUUUAAAGGGUUACUGAUUUAAUAUGUGGUGGGGAAGACAUUUAAUGUUCCCUAAGAAUCUCAGCCCUUUCCUCUCCAAUUGCAUCUCCCAGAGGAAAAUACCAAACGUGUAAAUACUUCUGAAAGAGUACUUAGAUUAUUUCAAACCCCUUUCCCUAGGACCAACCCUUAGAACAGUCCUAAGUACUUCUACAACUCUCAGCACACAAGAACUGCACCACUGGGCCCUUCCAGCACUCACUGACAAACAGUGAAAGCUUAAUGGUACUUGCCAAAGUUAAACUAUUCCAAUUCACUGUAUUAAAAGAAUGACAUAGGUCAUUAGGAAGCAGUGUUUGCCCCUCAUCCCCACAAGCAACUGUAUGUUCUACAACUGCCUUAACAAAAGUAGUCUUAAUGUUUGUUUAUACAAAAAUAAAAGUAUGAAAAGCCG